AUGGAUACCUUAGAUGUUGGAGACAAUGUUUUAAUAGAUCAAAGGGGAAGUGCUACAGUGAUAUCCGUGUUGACAAAUGGAUAUUACAGGUUACAGGUUGAUGGUACCGAAUUUAAAUUUGACUGUGAUGAAGGCAGAUUAUUAAAACUUCCCUGUGGCCAAAGUUUCAUCAUCGAAACGCCAUCGUCGAGCACGGCGAAGCAGACGACGAACACAAAGCCGAAAGAUGCCCAAGGAAGAUUUGUGGCUGUUGAGGACGGCAUGAUCGAUGGUGUGAUCCUGGACAAUCAAAACAAAAACACAGCCAAGAAAACUUUGUACGAUUUGAAACUGUUCGAUAACUUUCUAAACGUCCAAAAUGAAUUUCGCCAAAUGCACGAAAUCCCCCCAAACGAACUAGACACACUUCUCUGCAAGUUUUCCAUUAGUGUUCGAAAAACAAAUUGGGAAAAUUAUGAACCAAACAGUCUCACGGGUUUUCAGAGCAGCAUCGAGAGAUCACUAAAACGAAGGGGGUAUGGCUAUUCACUCACGUCAUCUUUAGAAUUUUCACGAUCACGGGAAGUAUUAAAGGGGAGAAAAAUUGAACUAAAGAAAGAAGGGCGUGGCAACUUACCAAGGAGAGCCGACCCGAUUGGUGAUGAAGAGAUCGAGGCCCUGUGGCAGUCCGGAUCCAUUGGAAUCAGUAAUCCAAUGAGCAUAAUAAACUGUCAAUGGCUCUACAACACAAUCAAUUUCGGGUUAAGAGGUGUCAAUGAUCACAACAACAUGUGUUGGGGGGACAUCACAUUGCAUGUUGAUGGAGACGAUCAUGAAUAUCUUGAACUGUCCAUGAGACAAGAAAAGAAUAGGUCCGGUGAGAAUCCCCGUGAUUGUCGCGACGUUAGGCCCAAAAUGUGGGCUAAUGUUGCUGAUCCCUCUCGGUGCCCUGUGCAGGUGUAUAAGUUGUAUGCCUCCACGCGUCCACUCGACUUCUGUCGAGAUGACGAUCCCUUUUACAUAGGCACACAAACUUUAGGUAUGCCUAAACCUGGCGAUCAGUGGUUUAUCCGCUAUCGUAUUGGGAAAAACAAACUUUCCUCUCUCAUGAAAAACAUGUGCGAUGCCGCCAGUCUCCAAACAUCGAAACGACUCACAAAUCACUCUGCGCGCAAACUCCUUGUGCAAAAGUUGAAUGACAAUAAUGUUCCGCCAAAUGACUCCCGUCAUGCAGAGCGGCCCCUCGCUUAA